AUCUGUGUAGCGGAAGUAGUAGCCACACUUAUAGAAGAAGUCGUUUUGUUCAUGUUUUUGAAAUGCACCGAUGAAUGAAAAUACUCUCGUAAACUGCGCACUUUUUAAAAUCAAAAUCGAUUUACUUAAGGCUUAAUCAAAGUGGUAAUCAUGUCGGGGAUUCCUCCAGAUACUUGGCAGCCGCCAACUGUUGCUUUGGAGACGACGAUGGGAACCCUCACAGUGGAGUUGUAUUGGGAUCAUGCCCCAUACACCUGCAAGAACUUUGCUGAACUGGCCAGGAGAGGCUACUAUAAUGGCACCAAAUUUCACAGAAUAAUCAAAGACUUCAUGGUGCAAGGCGGAGAUCCAACAGGAACAGGUCGAGGAGGUGCCUCUAUAUUUGGCAAACAGUUUGAAGAUGAAUUGCAUCCUGAGCUCAAAUUUACUGGUGCUGGUAUCCUGGCCAUGGCUAAUGCAGGACCACACACAAAUGGUAGUCAGUUUUUUCUCACUUUGGCCCCAACUCAGUGGCUCGAUGGGAAGCACACAAUUUUUGGCAGAGUAUGUCAAGGGAUUGGAGUCCUGAACCGUGUGGGGAUGGUGGAAACCAACAGUCAAGAUAGGCCUGUGGAUGAUAUCCAAAUACUUAGAGCUACUGUAUCCUCUUAAACCUGUCCUUUUUAUACAUUUUUUUUAAACAAAUAAAUAGCAAAAGCUGAAGUUAAAUCUGUCAACUGGACAAAAGGUUGUAGGAGUGAAGACGUUCCACUGCUCUUCCAAGCCGCUUGUUCAAAUAAAUGUGUUUAAAAUUUCAUUGCCUAUGUGUGAACCAUAGAUGAAAAGAGGCCACAAUUUUUAUUGAUUUAACAAAGCAAGUAACAGUGUCUUAAUACAAAAUGUUCUUCUUUUAUAGGAUAAAUUUACUUUAUAUUUAGAUACAAGUUCCAUCUUAAAAACUAGUAAAAGAUAAAAUACAAAAACAAGUAUUAAUAUACCAGAUUGACUGGUAGCUGGUGUAAUGAA